AGCUACUCACAUCCUUCCCAGUCAGCUGGAAGUGAGAUGUACUGAAAUGUAUGUGGCUGCUGGGAAAAGUCCGACACAAGAGCUCAUGUGGUUGUGGGCCCAGCAGAAUAAAACAGUAGGGGAUCUUUUGAAGGUUCUGGAUGAGAUGGGUCACACUCGAGCCAGGAGUCUUUUCCAGUCGCAAGACUCAUGCAAACUGAAGUCAUCCUCACCCCCUCUCUUUGCCACGUAUCUGCCAAACACUGAGAAGUCCUGUCAAAUUUCAGCUCUUUAUCCAGAGUCUGUGUCUGUUAAAGGUGAAAAACAGAAGUAUUUCAUCACAUAUUCUGACGUCAUAGAGGGAACGAGACAUUUCCACCAGGACUUAAAAAUAGGAUCGAGCGUGUGCGCCGAGGUCUACUGCGGAAAAUGGGGAAACAGGUCUUUUGUGGUGAAAGUUUUCAAACAGGUCAUAAUCUAUUAA